UAAAUGGAAGAAGCAAACCAGUCUGUGGUGUCUGAAUUCAUUAUUCUUGGGCUUUGUGAUUCAUGGGACCUCCAGGCCUUCUUCCUGGUGACAUUUUCUUCCCUUUAUUUGAUCACUGUUUUAGGCAACAUCUUCAUUGUGGUCCUAAUUAUUACUGAUCUCCACCUUCACUCCCCUAUGUACUUUUUGUUAGCCAAUCUCUCUUUCAUUGACUUCUGCCUUUCUUCAGUCACUACCCCUAAAAUGAUCACAGACUUUCUAAAGGAAAACAAGACCAUCUCCUUUGGAGGGUGUAUGUGUCAGAUUUUCUUUGGACACUUCUUUGGCGGGGCUGAGAUGGUACUGCUUGUGUCAAUGGCCUAUGAUCGUUACGUGGCCAUCUGCAAGCCCCUCCAUUACUCCAGCAUCAUGGACAGACAUGUGUGCAUUGGGUUAGUGAUGACAUCAUGGAUCAUUGGAUUUUUACAUUCAGUGAGCCAGCUAGUUCUGAUUGUAAAGCUGCCUUUCUGUGGACCCAGAGAAUUGGAUAGUUUUUUCUGUGAUAUUCCAUUGGUGAUCAAGCUAGCCUGCAUGGACACCUCUAUUCUAGAAAUUUUGAUAAAUGCUGACAGUGGGGUGCUGGCAACCAUCUGCUUCAUUCUGUUGCUGAUCUCUUAUUCGCACAUUCUGUUUACUGUCUGCCACUCUACAGAUGGGGCGUCAAAGGCUCUUUCCACGUGCACUGCCCACAUCACAGUGGUGGUGCUCUUCUUUGGACCCUGCAUCUUCAUCUAUCUGUGGCCAGUCAGCAUCACCUGGGUGGACAAGUUCCUUGCUGUGUUUUAUGCAGUCAUCACACCUCUCCUAAAUCCAGCCAUUUAUACCUUAAGAAACAAAGAGAUUAAAAAUGCUAUGAAGAGACUACAAUGUUAG